AUGGCCGUCGACGACUCUGCCUCCAAGAAGGCCAAGCGCAAGCAGCUCAAGGCCGCCGCGGAGGCGGAGGCGGAGGCCGCUUCGGCCAAGAAGAAAGAGAAGAAGGAGAAGAAGCGGAACGCGAAGGAGCCGUCCCCUCCGCCCCCGUCGGCCUCGUCCUCUGACGAGGAGGAGAAGAGCAGCACCAGCUCCGAGGAGACAGCCCCCGCCCCGAAGAAGGCGAAGAAGGAGAAGACGAAGAACAAUGCUGAGGUCUCGUCUUCAGCCUCAGAUGACGACGGCGAGAUCACGGCCAGCAGCGACGAGGACCCCGCGGACCCGAACGCGCUGACGAACUUCAGGAUAUCGGAGCCGCUGAGGCAGAGCCUCAGGUCCAAGGGGAUCAAGGCGCUGUUCCCCAUCCAGGCCACCACUUUCGAGCUUGUACUCGACGGCAGCGACUUGGUUGGCCGAGCGCGCACCGGUCAGGGAAAAACUUUGGCUUUUGUCUUGCCCAUAUUGGAGUCUUUGGUUAAUGGGGCAAACAAGGCAUCUAGACGAACUGAACAUGGCAGGACCCCAAGUGUUCUGGUUCUGCUACCAACAAGAGAGCUGGCCAAUCAGGUGCAUGCCGACUUUGAGUUUUAUGGUGCAACAUUUGGGCUUUCUGCAUGUUGUGUGUAUGGGGGUUCUCCUUAUCGUCCACAAGAAAUGGCAUUGAGAAGAGGUGUGGACAUUGUUGUUGGAACUCCUGGUCGUGUCAAGGAUUUCAUUGUAAAAGGAACUCUCAAUUUGAAAUGUUUGAAAUUCCGUGUCCUUGAUGAAGCUGAUGAGAUGCUUAACAUGGGCUUUGUUGAUGAUGUCGAGCUCAUUCUUGGCAAGGUAGAAGAUGCUACCAAAGUACAGACACUUCUGUUUAGUGCCACUCUGCCAGAUUGGGUGAAUAAGCUCUCUAUGAGGUUUCUGAAAGUUGACAGGAAAACAGUUGAUCUUGUCGGUAAUGAGAAACUGAAGGCCAGUGCAUCUGUUAAGCACCUUGCUCUUCCUUGUAACAAGGCAGCAAGGGCACAAGUUAUUCCAGACAUUAUCCGAUGCUAUAGCCAGUCAUUCUUGCUGGAUUCCGUGAGUGGGAAGUUCCAAGUUUUGGUUGCUACAAAUGUGGCGGCUCGUGGUCUGGAUAUUAAUGAUGUGCAGCUUAUCAUUCAGUGUGAACCUCCCGUGACGUUGAAGCUUACAUACACCGGUAAUACUGGUGUUGCUGUCAUGCUUUAUGAGCCCAGAUAUAAGCACAGUGUGAGCAGACUAGAAAGGGAGUCGGGGGUUAAGUUUGAGCAUAUCUCUGCGCCACAACCUACUGAUGUAGCACAAUCUGCUGGCAGUGAAGCUGCGGAUGCCAUUGCGAGUGUGUCAGACAGUGUUAUUCCUGUCUUCAGGCAGCAAGCAGAGCAGUUGCUAAGCUCUUCCAGUCUGUCUGCAGCUGAUUUGCUUGCCAAAGCACUUGCAAAGGCAGUUGGUUACACGGACAUAAAGAAAAGAUCAUUGUUAUCUUCCAUGGAGGAUUACACUACACUACAUCUUCAAACUGGCAGACCAAUGUGGUCACCUGGGUUUGCUUUUACUAUAUUGAAAAGGUUCAUGCCAGAAGAGAAACUUGCAGAUGUAAAGGGUGCAACCCUCACUACUGAUGGAACAGGGGUUGUAUUUGAUGUUCCUGCAGCAGAUGUUGAAGACUACAUUCAAGCUUCGGAGAAUGCCGCACAGGUGACAAUUGAUGAAGUCAAGCAACUGCCACCCUUGCAAGAGAAGGAGCAGUCAAGAGGCAACUCUGGCGGAGGAAGAUUUGGCCGUGGAGGCGGGAGAUUCUCUGGUGGUGGCCGUGGAGGCAGCUUCGGUGGUGAUGGCAGAGGCAGAGGCAGAGGCGGAGGCGGCAGAGGGUUUUCUGGGAGGGGAGGCGGCGGCAACAGAUUUAACAGGAGGAAUUAG